AUGUUCUCAGAUACACAUUAUUCUGAGUGGGAGGACAUUGUUUCCUUGUUCAAUCCCGUCAAGGGCCGCGUCAGCUGCGUGGGUUACGCCCCCAGUCAAGGUCGCCGCUGCCAGAUGCCCAGAAACAAAAACGCAGUCGGCUUGGCGUAUGGCGUUCUAGCGGAGAUGAAGCCGCUAGAUCAUGGCAUUUCCGCUGUGACCAAGCAAGAAUUGUAUCAACUAGCGGGCUUCAUGCUUUGUCGCUUUCACUGUGACCAGGCGAUGCGCGUCGCUUGCGACUGGGCAAAGGAGGCCGCACGGAGACUGGAAAGGCUCUAUGAGCCGCGUCAAUACCAGGAAAACGGGUACGCUGAAGCGCAGGCCAAGUGUUUCGACAAGCUAUAUGAGAUUCUGCAGCGACUUGAGAAAUUGGAGGCGAACUUGGACCGAAAGCAAUCCAACAGAAAGCAACACUCUGGCAGCAAUCCAUUCAUGGCAGGUUCCCCACAGGCGGAGUCCUUCGGGUCUCGAGCUACUUCGAACUCACAGGCGCCAAAAGAAAGCCCACGGUGUGAGCCAGACCAGAAGCAAAAGCAGGGGACAGGUUUCCGUUCGAAGCCGCCGCCACCGCAGUCGCCGCCAAAGCAGGCCGCUCCACAGCCCAGACCAGCAAUCACACCAGCAUCGAAGCCGGCAAAGCAGAGCGAAAGAGAAAUUUGGGACGAGGUUUGGAGCAAGUACCUGGCAGGAUGGGCGUGUCUUGACAAGAACCCCAAGGAUGUGGAUGCCAAAGUUCCUUGGCCAACAAAGUCGGGUAAGUUGAAGGACGUCAGCGACGAGAAUGUGCGAAAGUUCUUCUGGGAAGGACCGAGCAAUGGAUUGAAAUCAGGACCGGAGUGGUUUUCCGUCAUGAGCACCGAGACCAAGAAGUGGCACACGGACAAGAUCAUGGCACGCUUUGGGCCGGGAGCGGCCGUUCAGCAGCACAAAGAGGCACUUGAUCUGAUUGCACGCGUGGUGACUGCCGUGUGGCAGGAUAGCAAGCGAAAUCGGCACCAGACGUGA